GAGCUGGAGAAUGAAACAGUCUGGUCCCAGAUAGACGAACCGCGUAGCCGAGUAUUUUGUCCCUCGUCAGAUUCCGUAAUUCUCUGAAACUACGUCAUCAUUCCGCGACCAUUCCCACAUUCACAACAGCAGCUUUGGAGAGCUGAUCAGUCAUGAGCGACAGCAGCGACGACGACGACGUCCCGGCGCUGUCGGCUGAAGCUCUCUCCGCUCUGCAGGAGUUCUACAGCGAGACGAGCAGCUCGACGCCCGCGGACCGCUUCUCUGUGGGAGCCGUGCAGGAGGACUGGAGGAUGAGUCAGUUCUGGUACAGUGACGAGACGGCGACUCGGUUGGCUGAGGAGGUCGUACGAGAAGCUGGUGAAGGAGGAGAGGUGGCGUGUGUGAGCUCCCCCAGCGUGUACCAGAAGCUGAAGCAGGGCGUGGUGGUCGGCUCCGACCGGGUCACCGCCGUCGUGUUGGAGUUCGACCGCCGCUUCUCCGCUUACGGCGACGACUUCGUCUUCUACGACUACAACGAGCCGCUGCGUCUCGAGAACGUCGCCCCGAAGAGCUUCGACGUCGUCCUCGCCGACCCGCCGUACCUCUCCGAGGAAUGUCUGAGCAAAGUGUCCCAGACCGCCAAGUACCUGAGCAAAGGCAAGGUGCUGCUGUGUACAGGAGCCGUGAUGGAGAAACUGGCCAAAGAGCUUCUGGGCGUCACCAUGUGCAGCUUCCUCCCGGAACACAACAGAAACUUGUCCAACGACUUCCGCUGUUUUGUCAACUAUCCGUCUCGCCUGCUGUCCUGAAGCUCUCCGGCAUGAGCUCUGCUUCUGCACGGACGGUUUCCUGUUUCCUGUUUCCUGUCGGGGAGUCAAAGGGAAGCAUCGACUCCUGCGGAGGAAACGAGGAGUUCAAUUAAGAAAUGAACUCUGACCUGUGGAAAGAAUUGAGUCUGAUGACUCAAAGACUUCAUGACAGAAUGUUUGAUAACCGGCUGGCUUUCUACGAAAAUGAUUAUUUAACCCACGAAAAAUGAUUUUACAUAAAUUUUGGUUGAUAGUUUCAGACGGUAAUCAAGCAAAAAAAAAGCCAAAUAUUUCUCCAAAGUGUUUUAUAUCAUUUUAAAUUGUGUUUUGGACUUCGUGAUCUUCGGCUGUAGUAAACUAUGCGUCUCAGGUUUCACUAUUUCCUGACAUGUCACAGCUCUGUAUCGAUCUAUUGAUUAUUUAAUAUCAGUCAAUUAAAGGGGAACUACAUCUCCUGUUGGUCUUGAGAAUAAAUACCCCCUGGUGAUGUCAUGGUGAUGUCAUCAGGGUAGUUUGGAGACGACACGUUUCUAACACGAAGCCUGUGUGCGUUAUGGACCUGGGCAUCAGAAGGCUCUCACAGAAACACAUGUUAAACAGAUGCAUUGUGGGAAAUGUAGGAUCCAUCAGAAAUCUACACAAAUAAUGAAUAAGUUCGGCAUACUUUGGCCUCAUUUGCUUUGAUUGUGACCGUUCUUUUUAAUAAAAUCUGUGUCUUGUG